AUGAUCCUUACACGAUUGCCAAUACGAUCCGCAAGGAAGCAAUUAGAUGCUUCAGCAUGUAUGCUAUGCCAAUGGCGUUCAUUCACUACUACAUAUCGACGAUGGGACGAAAAGAAAGAGACGCCAUCACCGGUGCCAGAAACUCCUUCAGUUCUAGAUGAAGCCCCAAGAGCUUCGGGCAAGAGGGUGGAAAAUUUUACGCCCAAGCCUUUGGAUCGAGCAAUUGGACUUCCGCAACCACCAAGAGCAGGUCAGAAUAGUGGAGUGGAUAAUAGGUCAUUGAAAGAAAAAAGAGAUGACUUCGUCAAUUGGGAGAAGCAUCUUGAAAAGCGCAAGAGAUUAGAAUGGAGCAAUAUGAAAUAUCACAAGGGAAAAUCCUUCCUGGCACCUCCCCGAAUCUUCAAAGCCGAUCGCGCGCUCUAUUUCCCCAAUUUAAGCGGCCGAACUUUAGAACCAGACUCUACCCUAUAUGAAAAUACAACACCCAUACUAGAGGGCAAGGUCUCAGUUGUGUCCGUAUUCAGUGGUGCAUGGGCAGAAAACCAGGCGGCUACAUUUGCAUCCGAGAAGAGUAACCCAGGUUUACAUGAGGUGGUCAGAAACAACAAGGAAUUGGCGCAAAUGGUACAUAUCAACUUCGAAGAGAACUACCUGAAAGCUAUGAUCAUCAAGUUCUUUCGGUCGAGUUUAAGGAAAAGGCUGCCAAAAUGGAUGUGGAAGAGAUAUUUUGUGGUCCAGAAGGGUCUUACGGAUGAGAUGAAAGAUGCUAUAGGCCUAUUAAAUAGUAAGGUCGGGUAUACAUACAUUCUAGAUGGGGAUUGUAAGAUUAGGUGGGCGGGCAGUGGUAAUGCUGAAGAAUAUGAGAAGGAUGUCUUGGUCAAGAAUGUUUCCCGACUCUUGGAGGAUGCUAAAGCACCCCUCGCGCAAAAGAGACUGGAAAAUGGUGCACAGCAAUCAGGGGACGCUGCCGCAAAGAAGGAGAGCAUAGAAGAUGCAGCAAAAGCUGAACGUCGAGCAUGA